AUGCCCAAUAUUUCGAGAUUCGAAAUCACUGGUGUUUUCACACACCCCAACGCCAAAGCCGACAUCGUCCUCGUCCACGGUGUCAACGGACACCCCCGGAAUACGUGGACAGCCAAAAAUGGGACGUUUUGGCCUGUCGAAUUACUUCCCAAAUCUCUUCAAGAUGAACACGCCAAUAUACUUGUAUACGGCUACAACGCUGACGCUUACUCACGGGGGAAAGACCAGCACGCUAGCCACAAUAUUAUCUUGCAACACGCUCAAACUCUCGUGACUAAUCUCACAGUGUAUCGCAAGAGCAACGCUUGCUUCAAAAAUCCUAUAAUAUGGGUUGCGCAUAGCUUUGGUGGUAUCCUGGUGAAACGCGCUUUGUUGUACUCAAACGAUUUGCGCGCCACCGAUCAUGGGGAUCUCCGCUCUAUAUACGUAUCCACGUAUGGUAUUAUUUUCCUUGGUACACCACACGCGGGGUCCAUUCUCGCCAAUUUGGGUCUUUAUAUUCACCAAGCAUCCCGUAUUACUAUUCCGAGGUCGAUAUUCCAGUCUGAGUCCGCUUUGCUAAAAACACUCAAACGGGAUAAUGAGCGGCUCCGGGAGAUCAAUAACCAAUUUCUUAACAUCUACGAGCGUUUCAAGAUACACAUGGUACACGAGAACCACAAAACCGAUUUAAAGAUAACAAGGGCGUUAGUAGUAGAUGGCCCUUCGGCAGGAAAUCCACUUCCGGGAGCUACAUAUUAUGGAAUAGAGGCGACUCAUUCCAAUAUGUGCAAGUUUAAGGAUAUAAAUGCACCUGGAUAUCUGAUUAUUUCUACGGCGAUCCGGGAUUGGGUUGGCGAUUCUACUGAGGUCAUAAAGAAUCGAUGGGAUAAUGAAAAGGAGGAUCGACAUGCGAAAGUGCGUCGUGACAUAGACGAGAUGCAGAAAUCAUCUGUAAGUAAUGUAGAGUAG